AACAUCUGCGAGGCACAAAGAAGAUUUGAUUUUUGAUUCAAACAGAGUCAAAAAUCCAUUCAAAAUCAGAAAUCAGAGAGAGAGAAAAGAGUUACAAGUGGGGAGGUCGGGAGGAAGAUCUGGGAAGUUCUCAGCUUGAAGAAUCUGCUUGAGGUGUUUCCACCUUCUGCUGCUUGAUUGUGCUUUUGGGUACUUUUCGUAGGCUUGCUUCUUCUUAAAGCUCAAUCGCGACGCCACCACUAUAUCUGCCUCCAUCAACUCUCUCUCCAUCUCUCUCUCUCUCUCUGGAAAAAAAAACCUUAUUAAUUCCGACGAGGAGAACGACGACGACGAAGGCUUCUUUCUUAUACGGUGUCCUCUUAAAAAUCAAACCGGUCCGGUACGGUAGUGGAAUGAACAAUUUAGUAAACCGAUAGCAGUGUUUACAUUGGAAACCGAAUUGAAUGAAGUGAAGCUGUUUCUUUCUAGAUCCCCCAAAGCGAGUUCAUCAUCUUCUUCGCCUGGAUUCGAUCAAGACUAGCACUUUCAUCAGAUUUGAUUACAAUCUCUCUUAUCUUCCAAGUUAUAAUCAUAAUAUCCGAGCAAUUUGGGAUCUGGGUCUUUCCUCUACAUUCAAUUUCUUAAUAAAGCUGGCCUCUUUCUUCCGAGAUGGUUCUUGAGCGAUGAUGAGUGACUCUCAGCGAUCACUUUCUGUGCGAUUGAGCCGCCGGGGUGAGAGAAGCAAUCAUUACUCACAAUCUAAAGAUGCUGUGGCUGGCUUCUUCUCUCCCACCAGAUUGCAUGCUGAUUACACUUUGAAAAAAAUUUGGAAGGCAGGCUUCCUUCGCUUGCUUCUUGUUGGCGGCAUUGUCUGGAUGCUACUCAUUCUAUUUGCCCUCUUGUUUCAUGUUUGGUCCUGUCAAUCUUCCCUUUCUUUCUUCUCAGCUAUUUGCAACAAAGAAGGCAGACUCUAUGUCAUGUUGGACACUAUUGGAUUUGUACCUAAACCCCAGCACCGAUGCCCCAUUCCCGUUGAUUAUGACCCUGAUAAGGUGCUCCUACCAAGUGAUAAAACCGCAGAUACAAUUGUCAGAAAUUUGACCUACGUAACAGAGGAUGAAUCCUCUAAGUCUCAGUUUCCUCUAUUUGGCGGAAACAUAAGCUGGUCUGAACGAGAAGAAAGCUUCAAACUGAAACCUGAGAUGAAGGUCCAUUGCGGAUUCAUGCCACGUGGUGGUGCUGAAAUGUCAUCUCUGGAUAAAGAAUACGUAAAGAAGUGCAGAUUUGUUGUUGCCACGGGGAUUUUCGAUGCAUAUGAUGAACCCCACCAGCCAUCAAACAUAAGCAAGCGUUCUAUGAAUCUCUUCUGUUUCCUUAUGGUGGUAGAUGAGGUCUCUCUCGAUUUCUUAAGAAAAAAUACUACUGUGAGGAAAGAUGUUGAAGGAGGCAUAUGGGUUGGCAUUUGGCGUCUGAUUCUACUGAAAACUCCUCCAUAUGAUGAGCCUAGGAGGAACGGUAAAGUCCCGAAAAUCUUAACUCACAGGUUAUUCCCUGAAGCACAGUACAGCAUUUGGAUUGAUGGGAAAAUGGAGCUUAUUGUUGACCCCUUGCUUAUUCUAGAAAGGUAUUUGUGGCGUGGGAAACAUACUUUUGCCAUUGCCCAACACAAACACCACCGAAACAUAUAUGAGGAAGCUGAUGCGUGCAAGAGGAGAAAGCGAUACGCCCGACCUCUGGUUGAUCUUCAUAUGAAAAUAUAUCGAUACGAGGGCUUGGAACCAUGGAGCAUCAAGAAGAACACUGUUAGUGAUGUUCCAGAGGGAGCUGUGAUAAUAAGAGAGCACACUGCAAUGAACAAUCUGUUCAGCUGCCUGUGGUUCAAUGAGGUACACCUGUUAACACCGAGGGACCAGCUAAGCUUUGGGUAUGUAGUGGACAGACUAAAAGGAGCCUUCAAGGUGUUCAUGUUCCAGAACUGUGAGUAUAACUCUCUCUUCGAACUGCACCCUCACAUUCGAGAGCAUUCCUCGAAGAUUGAGUGGGUCAAGAGUCUUCAGGAACUCAAAGGGAAGGGAGAGAGUUUGAAGGAAAGCCGAGGCGGCUUUGGGCUCUGGACUCCUUACCCUGGUGACCUUGAUUCUGUUGAGCUGCCAAAAGUAGUAAGAACUUCUAAAGCUGGUUGAGACAGUAAACAUUAUACACUAGUUUUUAACUUUCGUUUGAUCGCUGUCUUCGGUUUUCCGAAUUUUCCAAUUUAUCAAACAUACACGUCUUUUGAAUUCUAUUUGUAGAUCGAAGAAUCAAAUGUAAAACCCAAAUUGUUAUAAAAAAAGAAGAAGAAGCUGCAUUGACAUUCGUGACAGUAAUAAGACAAACAAAUGUAUGUUGUUCUG